AUGGAUAUGACUAGUACAUUGGCUAAGUACGGAUUGACUUGUGAGAAUGCGAAUUUUGCAGUAAUCGCAAAACCAAAAGGGGAAUUAAUUAGGGUUCUCAAGUGUUUGAGAUCGAGGGGUGUCACUGUUCUCCUAAUAGAUCCGCCUGAUGAAAAGUUUAGCUUUGGUGUAGAAUCUCUGCUUGGUCAUGCACAUUAUGGCAAAGAAGAUCUCUCCCAGGGUGAAGAAGAGUGCAAAGAAGACCAAGAAGACCUUUACCCUUACCCCUACGCCUACACCUACACCUCUAAUGUUGAAGAAGAAGAAGAAGAAGACCCCUCCAAGAUCUUAGAUUUCCUCGAGCCUAUCAGACUGGUCAAAGAGGAUAUGACAGCCGUCUUCUGGGAUGGAGAGGAUUGCCCAUUCCCUCUUGGCUCCACUCCUGAUGCCAUCUACAAAUCUAUCGCAUCAGCUCUUGUGGAAAGGCACUUUACUGAUAAUAUUACAAUCUGGGCCUAUCUUGAUGAUGACAAGAAAGGUUCUUGGAGGGAUGAUUUACUGGUGGACAACAAGACGUGGGAUUCCAGAAUCUACUUUCUUCCCGGAGGGGAUAAAGACUCGAGACGUAUUAGAAUGGCAAAUGACAUUAUUUUCCUUUUGAACACUGGUCGUCCUCGAAAUUUGGUUCUAGCCUCAGAUCAAUUCAUAGCUGACCUCUUCUACCUCGAGCUGCUUCGCUUGUUAUAUUCGGAUAUUGUCUUCAUAGAGCCGACUCAGGACAUCAAUAAACCAGAAAGCCCUGAAUGGCCAGGAUUGCUGAUAGAUGAAGGAUGGCUUCAGUUUACUUCUAAUAUAAGGAAAUUCUCUGAUGAACCUUUUCCUAAAGAAAGAGCAGUGUCCAAUUAUGAAUGCAGAGGGUGAAUUACCAGAAGCAACCUUUUGAAUGCCUUGUAUGGAAGUGAAGGCUACCCUUUUGAUGAUGAAACAUUCGAAAGCUUUGAGGGGUUGUCACACUGUUCGUAACUGGCUUAUGUUUGUCACACUGUUCGUAAGCUUUGAGGGGUCGUCACUCUGU